UUUACCCCGUCGGUCUCAAAAGCACCCGUCAGUUACCAUUAAAAUCCACAAGGGGGCGCCCGAGUGGCAGCUUCAAACAAGCGAGUAAAGUUUUUGUUGACGGAAGUUCCCACGGAAAUAAACAGAGGCAACGAUGGUGCGGGUGAAGUCAAGGUAUUUGCUGUGUGAGAUAAAUGUGUCUGACAGGAGGGAUCUGCUGAAGCUGGAUGACCGAGCUGUUGCGGGGGCGGUGCGGGCAGCAGUGGCCAGAAUUCACGGGGACUAUGGGACCGCUAUUUGCAGCACCAGGUUCUGGGUGAAAUACCUGAAUGCCCACACUGGAAUGGUCUUCCUCCGUUUACCCAAGCGUGGUUAUGAACUUCUCUGGUCUGCUUUGCCUUUCAUUACCUGCAUUGAAAGUCGUGGGCAGAUUAUCCCGUGUGCCUUUAACUGUUUGCAUGUGGGAGGAACCAUCAGAACAUGUCAGAAGUUUCUGAUCCGGUACAACACCCAGCAGCUCCACCGGAUGCUCCCUAAAUGUAAAAAUGAAGAAGAAAAGCGGCAGAUUGAAGAAUCGAUUCUGAGCUGCUCUCUAGUGGACAGAGACGACGACGGAUUUAAAGAUGAGCUGGAGAGCGAAGAAGAUGAGGCGUAAAAACCAGCCGGGCGCUCAGAGCCGGUUCUAUCCUAGAAAAGGCUGAUUGAAGUAGUUCAGUUCAGCAGCUCUGAUUGGUUGAGCUUCGUUUAGCAGCAUUAGAAAGCCUGCUGGGUCCAUUGUUACCAAACCCAUCAGCAGCUGGUUAUAGAUGCAUAUAUAUCUGCAGAACUGUUUUCUUUUUUUGCCUUUGUUUAUUAACUUGGUCAUUUAUGCUGCUGAAACCAAAGGAGCUCAUUAGUGUAAUUUAUAGGGCUGUUCAGUGAUAAUAAAAACAUCAGUAUUAGUUAACAAAGGCAUCAGUUUAUCUAAGUCUGAUGUUCAGAAAUGAUCACGUUUCUUUAGGAAAGAAGGUGUUAUUUCUGAUUUUUAUAAAAAAAAAUAUUGUGACCUUAUUUUAAGUUUGUUUAUUUUAAUU